UCAGAGCAGAGUUACCUCACCAGCCCAGAAGGCAGCAGGGCAGAGUUUGCAGACUGGGUCACGGGAAGAGGAAAGGGAAGGAACGAGGAUGGAGAAGAACGAAGAUGAAGAUGAGGAUGGAGACGGAAAAGAACUUGUUGGAGUUAUGAGAGAACAGGAGGAGAGGGACAGAGAGGAGCUAAAGUAUGAGUACAGAAUUGAAGCUCCCUUUCUGCUCUUUACGAGAUCUGUGCAGUUCCCAUCCUUGGUCAGAGAAGUUUCUUGUUGCAGAGGAUAGUGUUGUAGAUUUCUCUAGAGAGAAAUCGACUUCUUGGACAUGGAUUUAAGCCAAUAGGAAAAGUCUUUAUUAGCCAGCUGUCAACUACCCUGUGUGUUCAGGAUCCCACUGUAGUUCCAAGCCUUUCUCAAGCACAUACUGAGGAGCACCUGAGACAUCCAGCCUUGAGCAGUGAACAGCUACUGGAUUCUUGGACCUCACAUUCGCAGGCAGCCAUCACUGGAUUAGCAGGACCACAGCCUAAGGAAAUUCUGCCUUUCACUUCAGCAUGAGUGUAGAAUCAGGAAGCCCUGACCCAGACCCUUCCUGCCCUCCACUGCACCCACCUACAGAUGAACAGGUCACCUUUGAAAGCAGCACCUCAGGAUCACAGCAAAGUGAGACUGAGGGCAAGUCCAGCGAGUCAAAGAGCAGUUCCAGAGAGCACACGGGGGGAUCAGCUCAGAUGAUGGAAAACACCAGGAAGAGGAAACGCUGUUCCAAGGACUCCAAGCAGGUCAAAAUGGGAAAUGAGGGUACCUCCCACUCGGAAAAGAGACAAAAGACCCCAGCCAAGAACACAGAGGCAGAAGCCAAUGGCCACCAAGGAGGAUUAGCCCGCUGCCCAGAACCUCAGCACACAAGUCCACCACCACUUCGAAAGAGCCUGGUGCUCUCUCUUCGGGCAAUGUCUGAGGCUGUUUGUGGAGACAUAGUUCAGCUGCAAGCCCAGCAGUGUCGUUCCCUGCUCACCCGGGAGCAACUCUCUAAGCUCACACAGCUCUCAGGGUCUCUGAGUGCCAUGGUGCAGACCUUCUACAGCCUGGCCAACCAAGCUGGCUUUGCCUUCCCAGCUGAGGGCUGGCUUGUCCCAGCCCCCAUGGCUGACCCCCAGGAGCUGACUGGGAAUGACUCUCAGAGUUCUUCAUUGGAGGAAGGACAGAUCACGGAUACUGCCAGCCCAUCAGACAAGUCCUGAGCCUAGGCCAUGAGGCCCUUCUCAGCAGGGGUGACACUUCUGGACAACAAGGGACUUCUCCAUCCCCCUGCCCACCACAGCCUGGAGCUUUCCCACACUGUGAACCAAUAACAAGCACAGUGGUGGCAGGAGGAAUCUGCAAUUCUUACUCAGCUCAUGGACCGAGUUUCCUGAGAACUAGGACUCCAGGGUGGCAUUUGUGACAGAUACUUGCCCUCUCUGUAUAUCUGCCUGAAGAGAGAUUUGUGUGUUUAGAG